UACAAACGGGAGUUGCUGAGUGCAAGAAAGGGGCACGGGAUGGCCGCGCCCACCUCCCAGCCCUAGGAUGGUGUGUCCCGCUGGAGGGCUUGCGUAGCAGAGAUGGUACCAGACAUGCGGCUCUUCUUCGUGAUCGCUGGAGUGCUGGUGGCAGCCGUCUCAGGUCACCCGUCUCCAGCCCCUCCUGGCCAGCCCAACACCAGCAGCAGCGCAGGGAGCCAGCUCCUGGAGCCAGGGGAGCAGCUCGGGGUCCGCCUGGUGAACGGAAGCAGCCUCUGCAGCGGGACGGUGGAGGUCCGGCUCGGGCAGUCCUGGGAGCCCGCGUGCGGGGCGCUCUGGGAUGGCCGCGCAGCCGAAGCCGUGUGCCUUGCGCUGGGCUGCGGCGGGGCGGCGCCGGCCGGCCAUCGUGCUCCGCCGACCCCGGAGCUGCAACCCGGCCCAGGCGCGGGGAACGCCAGCGGAGCCGCGAACGCCACACAGGCCCUGGCUCCCGCCGUCCGGUGCACCGGCGCCGAGUGGCGGCUCUGCGAGGUGGUGGAGCACGCGUGCAGCAGCAGCUGGAGGCCGGCCGAGCUCACCUGCGCAGAGAACCAGGCCCUGCGGCUGGUGGACGGUGGCAGCCCAUGCGCCGGCCGCGUGGAGAUGCUGGAGCACGGCCAGUGGGGUUCGGUGUGUGACGACACGUGGGACCUGGAGGAUGCCCACGUGGUGUGCCGGCAACUGAGCUGCGGCUGGGCCAUCCAGGCCCUGCCAGGAUUGCACUUCGCUCCGGGCCAAGGACCCAUCCACCGGGACCAGGUGAACUGCUCCGGCGCCGAGGCCUACCUGUGGGACUGCCCGGGGCUGCCGAGUGACCGCUUCUGUGGCCACAAGGAGGACGCCGGCGUGGUGUGCUCAGAGCACCAGUCCUGGCGCCUGACCGGUGGCGCCGACCACUGCGAGGGGCAAGUGGAGGUGCACUUCCGUGGGGUCUGGAAUACUGUGUGCGACAGUGAGUGGUACAACUCGGAGGCCUCGGUGCUCUGCCGGACCUUGGGCUGUGGGACCAUGGCCGCAAUACCCAAGGGGCUGCCUCACUCCCUGUUGGGCAGGAUGUACUACUCAUGCAUGGGAGGGGAGCCCACCCUCUCCAACUGCUCCUGGCGGUUCAACAACUCCAACCUCUGCAGCCAGUCGCUGGCAGCCAGGGUCCUCUGCUCAGGCUCCCGGAGUUUGCUCAAUCUGUCUGCUUCUGACAUCCCUGCAAGUGUUCAGCUGGUCACUGUAGAAUCUUCUAUGCCAGUGAAAACAGGAGACUGGAAAUCCCGGGAGCUCAUGCUCCUCAUCCUCUGCAUCACUCUGGGAGUUCUCCUCCUCAGCUCACUCAUCUCCAUGUCCGUCAUCCUCUUGAGAGCUAAAGGAAAAUACGCCAUCCCCGUUACCGUGAACCACCAGCACCCACCCACGACCACCCCAGCAGGGAUCAAUAGCUAUCAAGAUGUCCCCAUCACCAUCCCCAAAGAAGAAGUUCCCAAGCUGCCCAUCCAGUUCCAGGCCCUACCCCCCCAGGACUCGGAAACCAGCUCGGACUCAGACUAUGAGCACUAUGAUUUCAGCACCCAGCCUCCUGUGGCCCUGACCACCUUCUACAAUUCCCAGCGGCACCGCGUCACGGAGGAGGAGGUCCAGCAGAACAGGUUCCACAUGCCCCCCUUAGAGGAAGGACUUGAAGAGCUGCAUGCCGCCCAGGUCGCAGCGGUCAGCCCUGAGCACCGCCCUGCAGAUGCUCCCUCCCUGGGCCCUCAGCACCACCCCAGGAGCAGCAGCGGGUCCAGCACAUCCUCUGGGGAGGAAUACUGCAACAGCCCCAGCAGCGGGCUUCCUCCGUGGGUCCCUCCGGCGUUCGCUCCAGAGAAGAGCUGCCUCCUGGGGCAGCCCCCAGACCUGGAGCUGGCUGGCUCCCACACAACUUUUUCAGCAGGGCCCUCAGCUGACGACAGCUCAGGCACCUCGUCCGAGGAGUGGUACCAGAACUUCCAGCCACCACCCCAGCCCCUCUCCGAGGAGCAGUUUGGAUGUCCAGGGUCCUCCGAGCCCCCGGCUGACCCCUCUGACAGCGAAGACUACGAUGACAUCGGAGCAGCCUAGGCCCUGUGGGGCUUCAGUGGCCUGUCCACUGCACUCCUGCUCUGCCUACCCCCUUCCACCCUAUCCUUCCAGAUCACCCCGCCCCUCAGGGGCUGAGAGGCCUCCCCUGGACAAUGAGAGGCAACUCCACACCCUGUAUCCACAGUCCACCAAACAGGACCUGCUGGUGUAGCCCUCCCCCGCCCCAGACAGCAGCCCUGAGGAGGAGGCGCUGCCUCCAGGAGGAAGUGAGCUCUCUGCCUCAGGGAUGAGCAAGCAGUCUAGCCUCCUCUCAGCAGGCUGCAGGGAGGGCUGGAAGUGCAAGGCUCCUGAAUCCCUUGCUGACCCUCGAGUGUCUGGCCUGACCUUCAGGCAACUCAGCGCCCAGAGAUACUGAGAGGGCAGAACCUAGCCCUGUCCCACUGCUGCCUGGGGUAGUCCCACGCACAGGGGCUAUUGGGCAGCUGUCACUCUGACAGGUGGAUCCUGGGGCUGAGGGUAACAGGCUGGCUGCCCCAGGCUUUGCUCUGGUUGGUAACUACACCCUGGAAGGGAGUCCAGCCUUCCUGGGCACAGCAAGCAAGACUCCCACCCCUGCCACCACAGGGCACAGCUCUAUUCUGCAGUGACCAUCCCUGCACAGUGGAUCCUCACUGGGAGCUUCCUGUAGUUUACAAAGAUGGUCCCAGCCCAGCCCCUGCUCAGACCCAGAGCCAGAUCCCAGUACCUGUGGGGGCAGAAGCAGAGAUGUCUACCAGGAGGUUCCUGGAGGCGUCACUAAGCCCCAAGUUCCCCUCUGUCCGCUGGGAUGGCUGGGCACCUCCCCAGUGAGCGUGAGUGUGCAGUGUUGCACUGAGAGCCAUAAACAUGUCUAGGCAGCCUCCACAGAGAGGCCGGAGGGCUCAGGGCCAGCCUCUCUGCCCCAUCUGAGUAUCCUGAGAUUAAACUAAUUGCUGAAAUGAAA